CUUUGUUUGGGAUUAGUUUUUAAGAAGUUAAAUUCAGCAGACCUCCAUUUAUCAGAUCUUACUGGGACCAGGGCCAGAUUGGAUCAUCAAAAAUUCCGAUAAUCCAGAGAAUGGGAAAGUGCAAGGCUGCAGCACCAUCUAGCGGCUACAGGAGAGAUCUACUUCUAGACCUACAUGUGCUGGUUGUUCCGUUAAUACGGAGAGCUGGAUAAUGAAGGGUCAGAUACAUGGGGUUGUACUGUACUCAGUAUAUUUUAUAAAGAUAAGGACAGUGAGAUAAUAUCUUUUAUUGGACCAACUUCUGUUGGUGAAAGAAAAACUUUCACUGUGUAAGCUCCUUUCUCUCACCAAGAGAAGUUGGACGUGAACCACCUUCUCUCUCUACUUUCCUGGGACUAAUAUGUCUACAACAACACUACAUACAAUACAUUUUAUAAGACAUUUAAAAAGAAAGCCUACAAUUUAGAGCCUGAAACACCUGACAGUGGUCCUUUAUCUACAAAGUAAAUCUCCCUGGACUAUCUUGAUUAUAUGUUCAUACUGUAUACUACCAGCCUACUAUUAAACAUAUUUCAAUUUAAAAGUAGGAAUUUACAGAGGUAGAACGUAACUGCCUCAUUCAGAAUUUGGCCAAAAACCAAAGGAUAUCACCUCAAUCCAUUGUAGAUGUUACUUCAGGAUUUGUAACAACCUCAAAUGGUCAAGACAUUGGUUUUGCAACUCAUCUGAAAGGCAGCACUGCCAACAGUACAAUGACCCUGAGACAUUACAUAUACACUCAGACACUGGUGCGGCAGAGACUCCAAGGGAAGCACACCACCAAUGGUGGAUCACAGUGACCAGACUGGGCCCCCAGCGAGCCCUAGACAGGCCACCACAUUUUCCACGAGAGUAAUAAUUACAUUCUUUCCACCAAGGGGCCUCCUCCAAGCAAGCUCUUCUAAUGCCUACGGAUGAACCUGACACCUACUGAAAUCACCUGCAGCGCUCCGUACAAAGCCCUCAAAUCUCUUCAAAGAUCUGGAAUUCAAAUACCAAUCCCAUGUAACCCUGCUCAGCUAGAGAGUCUGACAGGUAGGAAGGCUGCAAUCCUAGGUCUAUGUCACAUGCCUGAAAGAAUUCAGAUUUCCUAUUAAAAAAAGAACAAAACUGUAUGGAAAAUUCUGGGAGUUCAGGAGUUGAAAAUAAUUGUGGUUCUACAGUCAAAGAGAACUGACUCAUUCAGAUCUGAGAGCUUCAGCACUUUAGGCUAUAUGACUAUGAUUAAGAACCCUAGUGCCUGAGCUGUUUAAAUAUUUCAGAAUGUAGUUUAGCAGUACAUGCUGCACAGAGCACACAAAGGGCAGAGGUCAAACAUCCAGGGCCUCUAAUAAUGCUGCGCAGAGAGGAGAUGUUUAACAUCCCUGGUGGGAAAAUAUGGACAUUGGUAUAGAAGCGUCAGAAGACACUUAAGUCAGCAGUUGGAAAGUGAAAAUGAAAAUAGGGAAAUUUUAGAGAACCAGAAAAUGAUGAAAGGAAAAACAUCCCACCAAAUAAAUUCAGGGACAUGGAAGGCAUGCACAGUAGACCGCAGACAUCUAACAAGCUACAAAGUACUUUGGCAUAAGCCUUGUGAAACGUUAUCAUCAUGGCUACCAAGUCUCAAGGAUGCCUGUGGCAGAUUUGCCUGGUAUUGCUGUUCCCCGCUGGAGUCAUGUCGCUGGACUGUAACCUGCUUCGUCACCAGCAAAGCAAAUUUAACUGGUACAGUCUACAACUGCUGCAAAACAUGGGUGGGAAGUUUCCUUUGGAGUGUCUGGAAGACAAGACAGCCUUCCAGUUUCCUGAGAAGAUUCUGAAGCCCAAAUUUCUACAACAAGCCCAGAUGUCUGUCCAUGAAAUUCUCCAGCAGCUCUUCGGCAUCUUUUGCAGGAACCUAUCCCAAACUGGCUGGGAAAGAAGAAAAGUGGAGAGGUUCCUAAAUGGGCUCGCUCUGCAGACUGAGCGCCUCGAGGCAUGCCUACAUACAAAGGGAGGGAGCAACAUUCUGAGACUGAAGAAAUACUUCCAGAGGAUCCAAGAUUUUCUUAAGGAGAAGAAAUACAGCACCUGUGCCUGGGAGAUUGUCAGAGAAGAAGGGCAGAGGUGUUUUCAAUAUAUUCAUAAGCUCACAGCGAGGAUGAAAAACUAGGCGACAAACAUUUUACUAUGAACAUUUGAGAAGUUUGGGUGAAACAGCGAACUGGGACCAAGAAACCAUCUGACCUCAAGUUUAAACUCUGAUACGGACUUUGUGACCCUUUUCAAGUCAACUUAUGUGACUCAGUUUGCUAUCGGUAAAAUGGGGAUUAUACCAUACACUUCAGCGGGUGGGGCUGAUUGUUUAAAAUGCUCUGAAGAGGAAAGAAGCUACAGAACUAUAUGAAUGUACUUCACGUACUGUGUGCGGAGUCUCAUCCAAAAGCUAAGAAAUAUAUUAGAGGCUGGACACAGGUGGAGAGGAAAAAUAUUUUGCAAUUGUUAUUUUCUUUGUGCAUUGUCAAACUUAUCCUGAUUGUGGGAAUGGAGACGGUCACGUCUAUAUUUAUUUAUUUAUAUAUUUAAACUAUUUAUAUUUUUAAAAUAAAAGUAUGGCUAAAAAAA